UUCGCUUCCCACUCCCUCAAAGUUCUGAAGAUUGUCAGGCAGUUUGCAAUGGCGAGCAAACCAUCACUAACACUCAUCGUUGCUGCGCUGGCAAAUGGAGGGAUUGGCGUCAACGGUAGCUUGCCCUGGCGCUUGCCUGGCGACAUGCGCUUCUUCCAGCAGGUGACAACCUUCUUAGGACGCAGACCGGACUCGGCUUUUCCUGACGACGACGAGCCAUUGCACGAUGAAUCAGAUAAAAACUACAGACCGAUGAAUGUUACAAUAAUGGGUCGCAAAACGUGGGAGUCCAUACCACCGAAAUUCCGGCCCUUGAAGGGACGGAUCAACAUUGUAUUGUCAAGUAGAGAGGACGUGCGAAAAGACGUGAUCAGCCAAAGUACCCCGGAGGCGCCUACCUAUGCAUUUUCCGCUCUUGAUGCUGCUUUAUCCAAUGUGGGAACGAUCGCACAUACCAACAUCUUUAUCAUUGGCGGUGCUCAGCUAUACGCUACGGCCUUGUCUCAUCCGCUCUGUCAACGGAUCUUUCUGACAUCUGUCCAAUCACCAACUGCGAUUGAAUGUGACGCCUUUUUUCCAUCCAUCCCAAAAGAUAAAUUUCAAAUUGCCAGUCCCGGAGAGCUGAGAAGGAUAGCGGGGAGCAAAUGUCCCAGUGGGACGCAAAGUGAAAAAGGAUUUACUUAUGAAUUUCAGCUUUGGACCCGAAUAUCGCCAUCAUUAGCAAAGGGGGAAUGAACCUGUGGUAGCAGUCAAAAAUUCCAUCAGGUCAGGGUAGAAUUCAGAAGGAGCCUGCUCGCUACACUAUAUUUACAAUUUACACAAAUGUAUAUACACCUUCCGCGUCCAAUUCCCAUUUGCCACUUUCGCGAACAGAUACGGCGAUGGGACUGUCGGUAAGAGUCUUUCCAGACGUAAACACAGAUUCGCUGAGAGCGAGUUCAUU